AUGGCCAACUAUUUACCAACAGAUUGUCUUGAAAAAAUUUUAAUAUAUUUUUAUGAAGAUGUUAAAACUCUGCAUUCAUGCACUCUAGUUAACACUCAGUGGUGUGAAAGCGCAGUGGUAAUAUUAUGGAGUCAACCAUUUCGGCUUUUACAUGCAUUUAGAGAUAAAAAAACUUGUUUACCAUGGACAGAAAGAGCAGCAAGUCUUCUUAAAAUAUAUAUGUCAUGCCUUCAAGAUCAAGAAACAUGUAACCGUCAACCUCAUAAAUUACCUAUUUUUAAUUACAUUCAAUUCUUAAAAUGCUUAGAUAUUAGUGAAUUUUCAGAAGCAGUAUUGGGAUAUUUGCAAACAGGACAAGGUAAAUUCAUACAUCAACCAACCUUCUCUCAUACCAAACAUUCUUUCAACAUGAGCGUUUUUGGACAAACCGUAGUAAAACCCCAACGUGUGGGGUGUAAAAAGAUCAUGGCCUCCGCCUCAAUAAAUGGAUGUGACACCAUUACCGCAUAUUUGCUCAACACAGAUAUUCUUGGAAAACUUUUAAUGAAUCGUUCCGUAAUUAUUAAGAGUUUGUAUGUUACUAAUCAAAGAUCGUGCGCAAUAGAACCUCAUUUAUGGUUACAUACACUCUUUCCAAAUACCAAUCAUCGUUUAUCACAACUAUCUAGUUUGAUCUGCACAACACCAUGCCACGCACAAUUAUUUCAUACACUUUCUAGAUUUGCAGUCCAUUUACAAACUAUAAAAAUUUGGAUGGACAUUCCACCCGCAAAAAUUAAUCAAAAAAAUUUGUUGAAACACGGAAUUGAAAGUCUUAAUGCACAAGUUGAAG